CUUUUAUCCCCGUUUUAGUACAAAUUAGUCAACUUCUAAAACAUCAGAACUGCCAGCCACCACUAUUUCGCUUCGACAGCCUCGCCUGUGAUAUAGGCUAGCCUUAACCACUAUAAAGCUUUACAAAACAUCAAAUAAAUCAUAUCCAGAGAACUAGCUAAAUAUAUGAACAUUUAGAAUAAGAUAGGUGUACCCCAACGUGCAUGGAUAUUGAUGAGAUUCCAAGCUUUGACGAAUACGAUAAAGGUUAAUUAACUAUUAUUUUAGAGGUACCUCUAUUCCCAUGGCAUUGGUGAGAGAGUGGCGAUCAGAGCAAGGGGGAGAGAGCGAGUCGAGUGGAAGGAUCGCAGUUAGCCUACUUAGGUCUCGAUAUUUGCAAUGCUGUGUGCGCUAUUGUUUUACACCCCUCUAGAUAUGAGCUAGCCAGUAAUAAUCAUCCCACUGACGAGGCCUGCGACUCACUGUAUCAGAAGUUUAGGACUGAAACCGCGUAGGAAGAAAAGGAAAAGGGGUAGCUUCGGGCCGGGAGAGCCGAAGACCACAUCGCCGGCUUCCGGGGAUUCAGGGCAGCAUCGAGAAACAGCGGACGGCGGUCUUCGGAAGGGCGAGCAUCAAUAUAUAAUUUGGAUAAACAACCACUACUGUAGUGGAACCCUAAACAUGUCAAGAAAGGUCCACAGAACCGAAGUAUGUGCCGACUGCAGUGCACCAGAUCCGGGCUGGACCAGCAUCAACAGGGGCGUUCUGAUCUGUGACGAGUGCUGCUCUGUGCACCGCAGCCUGGGACGCCACAUCUCCAUCGUCAAGCACCUGCGGCACAGCGGCUGGCCCCCUGCACUGCUGCAGAUGGUGCAGACCCUGGCCAGUAAUGGGGCUAACUCGAUUUGGGAGCACUCCCUGCUUGACCCAGCGCAGGUGCAGAGCGGCCGCAGGAAACCRAACCCACAGGACAAAGUCCACCCCACCAAGUCCGAGUUCAUCCGCGCCAAGUACCAGAUGCUAUCCUUCGUCCACAAGCUGCCGUGCCGCGAUGACGACGGUGUUACCACCAAGGACCUCAGUAAGCAACUGCACUCCAGUGUGAGGACGGGGAGUCUGGAGACAUGUCUACGGCUGCUGUCCCUGGGAGCACAGGCCAACUUCUUCCACCCGGAGAAGGGCACCACUCCACUCCACGUGGCAGCCAAGGCAGGCCAGGUUCUGCAGGCAGAGCUGCUGGUCGUGUACGGAGCCGACCCCGGAGCCCUGGACAUCAACGGACGCACACCCAUGGACUACGCCAGGCAAGCGGGCCAGGUGGAGCUGGCAGAGCGGCUGGUGGAGUGUCAGUACGAGCUCACAGACAGGCUGGCCUUCUACCUGUGUGGCCGACGCCCUGAUCACAAGAAUGGGCAUUAUAUCAUUCCUCAGAUGGCUGACAGAGCUCGCCCUAAGUGUCCGACACAGAGCCUGGACCUCUCAGAACUGGCCAAGGCAGCUAAGAAGAAGCUGCAAGCGCUGAACAAUCGAUUGUUUGAGGAGCUUGCCAUGGAUGUGUAUGACGAAGUGGACCGCAGGGAGAACGAUGCAGUGUGGCUGACGACUCAGAACCACAGUACUCUGGUGACGGAGCGCAGUGCGGUGCCCUUCCUGCCUGUCAACCCCGAAUACUCAGCCACACGCAACCAGGGUAGACAGAAGUUGGCCCGUUUCAACGCUCGUGAGUUCGCAACGCUAAUCAUCGACAUCCUGAGUGACGCCAAGAGGAGACAACAAGGGAAAGGCCUUAGCAGCCCUACCGACUCUAGUCUGGACCUGGGGGCCGACGACGACCAGCAUGACUACGACAGCGUAGCGUCGGACGAGGACACGGACAGCGAGUUGACCACUCAGAACAACAACAACACGCAGCGCAACAACCGGGCCAAGAGCAUGGACUCGUCGGACCUGUCGGACGGGCCCAUCACUCUGCAGGAGUACCUGGAGGUUAAGAAGGCCCUGGCGUCCUCCGAGGCUAAAGUCCAGCAGCUGAUGAAGGUCAACAACAACCUGAGUGAAGAGCUGCGCCGGCUGCAGAAAGAGAUCUCGCGGAUGCAGACGGAGAACAGUGCGUUGCGGGGGGGCCAGGUCGGAGGAGGAGGGGGAGCUGGCGGUUUGGGAGGCGGGGGAGGAGGCAGCCCGGCACAUUGGCCAGGGGGGGUGCGAGGCGGGGGAGGUAGGGGAGGGGACCACUCCAGCCUAGCUGUGUCCUCGGCUGUGCCUGCCCACCGGAGGGACAGACAGGCUUUCUCUAUGUACGAGCCGGGGGCCGCCACCCCCAAACCCCACUCCCCGGGCCUGGACUCCCUGACGGGCCGCCUGCAGCCUCUGCACCCCAGUGUGAGGAAGGGGGGUCCUGGCGGUCCAACACCCUAUGGAGGGUCGCACCUCUCUGGCUCCAUGGAGAUGGGGCGAUACAUGGGCCCUAAAGGAGAGAAGCACGGCAGUGGCACUGAUAGUGACUAUGACAACACUCACAUGUAUGAGCUGUCGCUAAGUAGGGGGCGCAGCAGUGAAGAGGAAGGCCGGGGGGAUUCGGAGGAGUGGGGUGGGGGUGAAGGGGGUGAGCCGGACCCUACUCUGCCCUGCACCGAAGACGUCAUCCUCAAGACGGAGCAGGUGACCAAAAACAUCCAGGAGCUUCUGAGGGCCGCACAAGAGUUCAAACACGACAGUUUUGUUCCAUGCUCCGAGAAGAUCCACUCUGCUGUCACUGAAAUGGCCUCUCUCUUUCCCAAGCGGCCUGCCCUAGACGCUGUGCACUGCUCCCUGCGCCUCCUGGCGUCCAGCGCCUCCCGCCUCCAGGUGGAGUGUCGCAAGGCGGCUCCCUCGGACCCAUCAGCGCCCGCCGUCGACUACCAGCUGCUCACCCAGCAGGUCAUCCAGUGCGCCUAUGACAUCGCCAAGGCCGCCAAGCAGCUGGUCACCAUCACCACCCGCGAGAAGAAACAGUGACUGGGGUAGGGAGGGGACGGACAGGGGAGUGGCGAGGGAAGCUGCUAGACUGACAGAGGGAGGGGAGAGGGAUGGAGGUAGCCUCGAUUUCCAAGCUUCCUAGUCAAGUGAUGAACGUGACUUGGAAGGUUGGCAUCGCAAGGGAGAGAGAAAUACCAGCCAACGGGAGAAGCUAUAUUGGUUGCAGACUGAAAAGAAGAUCUCUGAGGAUGAAAUGAGAGGAAUUGAAGGUAGGGAAUGAAGAGCGGGGGAAGACCAGGUGGUUAUAUUAUAUGACAAUAGAACGAAGCUGAGAAAUGACUCAGCUCUCACUACUAUACCUGAGUGGACUGAGAGAGAGCAGUUCUGCGGAGGAGGGGACUCUGAAGAGGAGUGUGGACCAUUGAGACAGUAAUCGCAUGUGGGGGAUGGGCACAGCACAACAGCGGCUCAGCUCUCAUCAUCUCACUAUGAUCUCACUCCGUUGUUCCUUUAGGGGGGGUAGGCUGGGACCGAGGUAGGCUGGGCCCGGGGUUGGGGCCAGUCAGUGUGGCCUACAAGGGGGCCAGGCCUUGGAAGAGAGACACACACUGCUCUACUCCUCUGUCUCUCAGACACUGCCUCCUCUGUAGUUCCAGGCUCUGCUAAGGAGGGCCCUUGCUACUCCCUCAGACCCCCUGGUACACUACAGCAUGUCUUGGCAUCGUGGACAAACGACUAGGUGAUGUUUUAUUAUUUUCAUGUAUUUUUUUUUUCUCUAUUUUUUUAUGCCAAUCCGUUGGCCUGUACCUCUGGGGACAAGAAUUACUGACUUAAGAAAAAAAACACUUACACUGGAAUAAUUGUGAUUAUUAUUAUUAUGCCCAUUUGUUUUGUAUUAUUAUUAUUAUGGUCAUGAUUUACAUUAUCAUGUAUGUUUGCUUAUUUUAACGUCGUCUCAUGUAUGAUGGUUCCUGUUCAGAGGACCAGGGAGAGCUGUGAGAAUACUCACUCGCCUUCUGUCUGACUGGGACUGGACACAUGCGCGCACACACACACACUAACUUGUGAAAUGGUCCUCAAACACUCCUGGAGCAGUCCAAUUCCUCCCGGGUGACAUUUCAGUAAUUUCUUUCUUCUGCCUGUCAUGUUCUAAUAUGUCAGUAGCCAUGGGGUUGAACAGAUGCCAAAGGGGUAGGGAAGGGGUAUAAUCUGCUAUCAGUAGAAAAAGCCUUGGAAGCGGCAUGAUAUAUAUUACUGCAGCCACUGGCUGCUUCAGUCGCUAGACAAAGCUCAUCUCAAUGGCACUACAGUGGGAUCCAUACAAAGUUCGCUCUUCAACAUAUGCCAACUCGAAGCAGGCUAGCUAGAUAGGGAACAAAUGUUUUGUGACAACUACAAACUGCACUUGCUGUAGGUUUGUGGGGGCACUGGGGAAAGUGUCCCUGUUUUUAUACUGUGCUAAACAAGUUAACGGUCACACUUAGCUAAGUGACACUGACCAUAGCACUCCACGUAUUUAGUUUGAGUUCUUAGCUUCAAGGACUUCAGUGAUCGUCUGUUAGAUGGAUCUGGGUCGUGUUAAUUAGGAACUAAACGGAUGGAAAUGAACUGAAACGGGGAGGGACUACUUGGACCCACACACACAUGGCUUGUGUGAUCCUGGACACCUGGAAGCUCUUCCAUGUCAGCUUGACCCAUGUUCACUUAUCCACAGGGUCCCGUCGUUUCACUAUCCGCCUGACUGUGCUCUCAUGUGAUCGAUAAUUGACGAACCUGUAGGGGAUGAGAUCCUUUAUCUUUUCCCAGUCAAAUCAUGUCCAAAAGAUUGUCAUAUGUAACGUUCCAAUCAUGAUUGCCUUUGCACAUCUGCUAGACUGGCUUAAGACGUAGUGAUGUUGUAGCUGUUUGGGUUCCCUCAGUUGAUUAUUUAUCGCCAUCUCUCACACACACACACACUGGGCCAGUAUAAAAUACUUCCCCAUUACAAUGUCCUCCUUUUACCUCUCAGACAACCUGUUAUAGAAUAGAGGCUUAUAUAUUAACAUAUUUUCAUGCUAUUUUUUUUAAGCUAUAUGUUCGUAUUGUGCUUGGGAGGUCAGAUCUAUUUACCCAUGGUGGGAUCCAGGUCUGAGGGGUAAGUGAAUAGGAUCUGAAGUCUGCCACUGGUUAGAACUAAACUCAUCUCAAGUCUGAGGGGAAAGGGCUGUUGCACAAUGCUACGCCUUUCCCCCUUCUUAAUGGACACUUUAGUAUAGAGUCCCUUUUUAGUGGGAAUGUUAGACGCACACAUGCAUCCCGCAUGCCAUGCACAGCGAACACACACUCAUGUUGUUCGGACAGUGGCACUGUGCCCCGUACUGUUUUCUGUGUAUCAUACACCUCUUCACCUGGGAGAUCAGUGAUGGGAGAAUAUCUUUUAACACAGGCAAAAACUGUAAAAAGUUGAACAUUUUAAGAAAGGUCAAUCGUAAUGGAAUCUCAUAAGCUGUACAUUUCUAAUAAACUAAAAAACAAGUGAAUUGUC